CAGGAAAUGAAUAAUUGCUGUACUGACUCAUUGGUCCACCAACAAUAUAUUUCUAAAGACAUAUUUGGGUGUGUAUUACAUCACACAGUAACUUAAGUAUUAGUUCAGAUGGGUGUGGUUUACUACGUCAUCUGAAUUAUGAGAAAUCAUACACUCUAGAAACCAGAGACUCGUAGUCACUGCAACUGAACUAGCAGCAGAAUGGAAACUCCGGUAAUCAGUUUUGGAUAAAGGCAUGAAGGGAAUGAGUCAACAAGCUGUUCUCGUUGACAGGAACCAAAUCUCAAUCUACAUAUUCAGCAUUAUCAAGCACAAUCUGCCAUCAGCGUUCAUCAAAUGCCAUAAAUCACAAUCAUGGCAUCUACCGGAAGCAAAUUUACCAUUUUUCGAUGGCUAUGCACCCUUUUGGGAUUAAUUUUUUAUGUAGGAGACAUUGGAUCAGACCUGUUGUUAUCUGUGCAGUAUUUUAGAAACGGUCAUGUGACCUGGGCUGCAUUGACUCUAGUGUUUGUUCUAAUCGCAUCUGUAUGCAUACAGAUGUUCAGUUAUGCAUGGUUCAAAGAUGAUAAAAAAAAUGAAGAAAAUGACAAGGAUCUGUCCACUUGCCAUCUGAUCGGGAUACAUGCACUGCAGAUAGGCAUUUUAACAAGGUAUUACCAACUCCUGAAGAAGAGUUUUAAAGCCCUGUGUUCAAGCAAGACUCAAGAGGAGGAGCCAUUACGCAUUUUCACCCUCGCUACAGAUCUCAGCAUGCUUCGCAUGUUUGAGACGUUUUUGGAGAGUGUUCCGCAACUCAUUCUGCAGGUCUACAUCAUACUGGAGCACAACCAUCGAUCUAAUCUGCAAUACAUUAGCAUGGCCGUGUCUUUCGUCAACAUAGCCUGGGCCACGGUGGAUUAUCGACGUUGUUUACGGCGCUCUCUACCUUACGUUAAUGAGAUGCCAUCUGGAAUCCCAACAGCUGUCUACUUGUCCUACAAAGUAUUUACCAUAACCCCUCGAAUCCUCAGCCUCACCCUCUUCAUCAUGCUUUCCACUUUUAGUACUCUAGCAAUGGCCUUGAUAUGGCUGGUGGCAACCAUCUGGGCAUUUGUGGAGAAUACCGAAUUCUGCACUUCACGAGUCCUUGAACAUCUUUAUCGAGCCGUUGUUGGAUUUAUCCUCGUUUUUACCUUCUUUAACAUCAAAGGAGAAAACACCAAAGUUCCCAUGACUCUGUAUUAUAUUUUCAUUGUAUGUCACAAUCUUGCUGCACCUAUUUUAUUGUUUCUGCUCAAACCAGAGUCUGAAGGGACUGACUACUUCCUGCCCAUCAUAUUUUUUAUAUUAUUGUCAAAUUCACUCGGACUGGGUUUUCUGGGACUCUAUUACAGCCUCCUGCACCCUCGUAGACCUGAGGAAGAUGAGGUAGAUGGAAUGGAGAAACGGAAACCAGAGCCAAAAACACGUUUAGAUCGUUUUUUACAAAUAUAAUGAUAAAUAUCUUGAUCAUAAUCUAAUGAACUUGACUAACAAAAAAGGUGCAUAUUUAUAGAUAUUUAUUAUGAUGGAAUUGAUAAAGUAUGAAGGAUCUAUGUUAAAAAAGCUGCUAAGGAAUAAUAUCGGAUUUUACAGGUAUGAAAUGUUGAACUUUACAGGUUUCACUGAACUUGUAAAAAUUAUGAAUAAGCUUUUUUACUGUCAAUGUUUGCAUUCAGUUUAUUACAUCCUUUCCCAAUAGAGCUGUUCAGUGUGCAAUCUGAAAGUGAUAAUUGCCUAGCACAAAGUUAUACUUUGCACUCUGACUUUGACCAAGUUUGUGGUUACUAAAAAGUUUUAGAAAGAAAGACUAGUAAUAGUAGUAAUGUGCUAAAACAUGCUAGCAACAUUAAGCAAUUGUUAAGACAUGCUAGUAACAUGCUAAUUCAUGUUAGCAACAUGCUAAAUGCUUGCAAUGGGCCAUGCUAGCAAUAUACUAAAACAUGCAACAAACAUGCAAAAUAAUGCUAAGCACAUGCUAAGACAUGCUAACAACAUAAAACUUGUUGGCAACAUGAUAAAACAUGCUAGGAAGCAUAUAAAACUUUCAGACAAGGCUUUGUCAGGCCAACAUAAAAGUUUGUCCCAAUUAACUUUUCUUUUAUUAUUAUCAAUGUUGAAAACAGUUGUGUUGUUUAAUGUUUUUUGUGGAAACUUGGUAGCUCUGCAUACAUAAUUCUUUGAUAAACAGAAAGCUCAAAAGAACAGCAUAUAUUUGAAAUAGAAAUCUGUAACAUUAUAAAUGCCUUUACUGUCACUUUUGUUCACUUUUACGCAUCCAUUCUGAAUAAAAGUAUUCAUUUCUUUAAAAUUCUUACUGAAAAUCGUUAAAAAUCUUACUGACCCCAAACUUUGCACGGUGGUAUAUAUCUACACAAACCAGAAUUUGUGCUCUGCCUCGGAACAGUUUUCUGUUAGUAGUUCAAUCACUACCACUAAAAAAAUACUGACACAAGAUGGCACUGUUGUUCCAAAAAAGCCUCUUGGAUAAAUACUGCCUCAUCCAAACGGAGAUUUUGUUGCCAUCAUGGAGAAUUGUUAAACCAUGAGCUGAGACAUGAACAUGAUCUUUGUCAUAAUAUAAUUGUUUUAUUGUAAAUAAUAACUUUUUGUAAUAAAGGAAUUAUAUCUUUA